UGAAAUGAAUGACCGAGUAUUUAUGCUUAACGACAGCGUUAAAUUACAUCGAGGCGGACAGUGCUGUUUUUCUCCACUCUGUGGAUAGCUAGCUAGCUAUGAAUGUGACAGCCAUCAGUUGUGCUGGAGUGGCAACCGAAUCUCCUGUAUCGACGUCGCGGGUUUGCCGGCAUUUUCUGGUCACGUAUGAUGGCGACGAGGCUGAGCUGCUGGUGGAAACUGUUCGGAUCAUUCAGCCGGAUUUGCACCUUUUCUCUCCUGGUCCUGUUUGUUCACGGUCACACUUGUAAACACAGAGUACCGUCUCCGUCGGAGGUUGUUCAUAAAGUUUACUUGAAGUCUGAAAGAAUAGCUAAAAGAAGUGUUGAUCAACAAUUGAAAAUAAAAAUAAUCUAUGAUUCAAGCUUGGAAAGGUUGGAUCCAGACAAAAGAAGACUUGUGAAGGAUAAGCUCUUUCCACAAGCUAUCGAUUACCUGCAGAGGACAUUCCGAGUUCGAAGGCAAAGUGGCCCAGUGCUUCUCAGCAGGCAAUGUGCCACCAACCAGUACCUGCGGAAGAAAGAUGACCCACACCGUUAUUGUCAGGGAGCGUGCGCAGAGGUCACGAAAUGUGGGCCUGUCGUUGUACCUGAGCACCACUUGCAGCAAUGCAAGGUGUGCAGCGAAUCGGGGAGGUCGUGUGGCCCAGCAGGACCCCCGAGCGGGGAGGGGGUGGAGGGGGCCGACUUCGUGCUAUACGUGAGCGGGGUGACCACGGAGCGCUGCGGGCAGGAGAACAUUGUGGCCUACGCUGCUUACUGCCAGCUGGAGUCCGAGCUGGACAGGCCUAUUGCUGGCUAUGCAAACCUGUGCCCAAGUAUGAUCUCAAUCCAACCUCAGGAGUUUGCAGGCAUGCUUUCCACUGUCAAACACGAGAUCAUUCAUGCCCUGGGCUUUUCUGCAGGGCUCUUUGCAUUUUAUCAUGAUGACAAUGGGAAGCCCCUGACACAAAGAUACGCAAGUGGAUUGCCUCCGUUCAAUGAGAGUUUGGGCCUGUACCAGUGGAGUGAUAAAGUCAUAAGGAAAGCAUCAAGACUGUGGGACAUUAGUGGAAACCGGAUGCUUCGUCAUGAAGUUCACCUUUUAGUAACGCCUCGAGUGGUGGAGGAGGCCCGGAGACACUUUGACUGUCCCAUUCUGGAGGGCAUGGAGCUGGAGAACCAGGGGGGUCUUGGCACUGAGCUCAACCACUGGGAGAAGAGGCUGCUGGAGAAUGAGGCAAUGACAGGAUCUCAUACACAAAACAGAGUGUUUUCCAGAAUCACAUUGGCUAUAAUGGAAGACACAGGGUGGUACAGAGCCAACUACAGCCUUGCAGAGCGGCUGGACUGGGGGCGGGGCAUGGGCUGUGACUUUGUGAUGAAAAGCUGCAAGUUCUGGAUCGACCAGCAGCGUCAGAAGAGGCAGGUGGUGACCCCAUAUUGUGACACAGUGAGAAGCUCACCCCUCCAGCUCACCUGCAGGCAGGACCAGCUGGCAGUGGCCGUGUGCAACCUGCAGAAAUACCCCGAGGAACUGCCCCUGGAGUACCAGUACUUUGAUGACAUUGUUGGCAUCCCACGGGCGGAGCUGUCCCUCUAUGGAGGCGCAGUGGAGAUCGCCGAUUACUGCCCCUUCAGCCAGGAGUUCAGCUGGCACCUGAGCGGAGAGUACCACCGCAGCUCCAACUGCAGAGUCCUGGAGAACCAGCCUGAUGCGUGGAGGAACUACGGGGCGGAGGAGUACGGGCCGGAUUCUGUGUGUCUGUAUCAGAAGUCUGCCUUCAUCAUGGAGCAGUGCGCCAAGCGCAUGACCUACCCUGACUGGGGAAGUGGCUGCUACAGGACAUCGUGCUCUGUGCAGGGGCUGACAGUGUGGGUCCAGGACGUCCCCUUCCACUGCGCUCAUGCGGGGCAGCUCCUAAACGUCAACGUACGCAUCAGCGACUGGGUCUACAGCGGAACGCUCGUCUGCCCCGCCUGCUCAGACUUCUGCAGCUCCUGCCCCCUCCCCCACCAGCUCCCGCCCAUGAACGCCUCCAGGAGAGCCCGAAUAGACCCUUGCUCAAGCUCUUCCAGCUUAGUGGUGACGCUGUGGCUGCUCCUGGUCAACCUGCUUCCGCUGUCGGUUGGCUUCAUCCUGUGUGCGUGGAACUGAACCGCGCGUUGCUGGAAGUCUUUUGGAAAGAAGGCUGGAGCCGCUAGGAUCACACAACUGCCAUAGGCUUCUCACUGUUGAAGUUGGCAAGCUCAUGGGGAGAGGUCAGGAGAAGAUGUUUACUGUGUGUCCGUCAGCACCCGAAAAGGCUCUAGGUUUCUGCCUGCGCAGUCUGCUGUUUGAGGGAACAAAAAGCCAUCACACUCCUUUUAUAUUGAGCUAACAAGUGCCAGUUAGUAUGCUGUCAACAAAACGAGAAGCCAUACCUCAAGAGACGGAGGGCAGCUGAGGAUGGUCAGGUGUGGGUGGUCUGCAUGGCCCUACACUGGUGGAAAUGUGCAGUUCCGGUUUUUAUUACUAUUAUUUUUUUAAAGGCAGCUGGUGUGGGUUUGCCUGGCAAAAUGAUUGUUUUGAACGAUGAAGUGGCUACAGCAGUUGACAUCAUGUUGUCUGGAUUGACGGUGGCAUUAGUUUUGUGCCCAGAGUGGAUUGACAGUGGGCAAACGUGUUGUUUUACGGUGUGUGAUGUAGUAUAGUGUAUGGUUGAAAUAUAAACGUGGCUAAAAUCUCAGAUAUGUACACAUUCUCAGGCUCAUGGCAUUACAUUUUAACUGGUGGUGAAUGGAAGUAGUGAUUGAAUGUUACUGUACCGUUUUGUUAAUGUAGGGCAUGUAAUGUAAAAAGUUUGAUGUACUGUAAAUUACAUAGGCUAAUGAUUUUAAUUUAUUA